AUGGCGCGCCACCCGGUGGAGAUGGUGCGAAUAGAAAGGGAGGAGGAACACUAUGACAGAGAACAAGUGCUGGGCCGUGACACUUCUUCCGUUUUCCCAACUGAAGCAAAGGAAAAGGAGAAGGAGGAGGUGGAAGCCCUCAAGGAGGCUGUGGGGGCUUCACGAUUCAUAUCAGAAACCGAACUUGAAGAUCUCAGGAAAAGUGGGGGGGCGGAUAGGCCAGAGGUCGGGACGCUGGCACCAGACAAACCUCUGUCUGAAAUACUUAGGGAGCAGAAGGAAAAGAAGGAGGAGGAAUUCCAGGACAAAUGGCGAAGAAUGAAGCAAGGAAAGAACCGCCCCCUUGAUGCAGACGAGUACACCUUUGUUAAGGCUCUGUAUGAGAAAGAGGACCAGCACACGAAACAAUGGGAGAAAGACAAGGAAGAAGACCUCUCUUUGUUCAGGGAGGCUGUCAAGGCCUCAAGGAGCGCCCAAGUUGAUGGAACAGAAGAAAAACAGCAGGACCCGCUAACGCGGGUGUCCAUACACAAACCAGAGCGGAGCCAAACUAAACGAAAGGGCUUGCCGGGGCUUCCUGUGAAGCGCGUUAUCAAACCCAAGGAACAGCCAGACCAAUCCAAGAAUGAUGAGCAAGCCACGAAGCGGCCUCGUGUUCAAGUGGAAGAGUCGAUAACCAUGACUGGUGGAGAUGGCCAGCCUGCCAAGGAUAUCAAUGCCUUGGGAGGACUCCUUGGCGACUACAACAGCUCCAGCGACUAG